AUGAGCGCUCCUCGUCCCUCUCCAUCUCUGGCCCCACGCGAAGCGGCCCGUGCAAACGAGCAGCGUAUUCAGGCUGCAAUAGCCUUUAUAGAGCAUAAAAAAGCUCAGGGAGUGCAAGUAUCUGUGAAACAGGCCGCAAUUAUGCACGGUGCUCCUCCAUCGACUGUGGCUGCUCGCCUAAAAGGUCGCAAAACGCGCCAAGAUGCCCAUGUACACCGACAAACCCUUGGUCCCGAGGAGGAUAACGUCCUCGUUGAUUGGAUUAUCUUCUGGGGUGGCAAGGGAAUACCACUAAAUCCCAAUCAUGUUCGGGCCAAAGCCGUGGCAAUCUCGGGCCAGGAUGUGGGGAAGCAUUGGAUUGACCGCUUUAAAGAUCGACACUCAGAUAGAUUAAAGUCGACAUGGACACAACCUAUUGAACAUUCCCGUGCUAAAGCCGUUAACCCAGCCGUGGUUCACGACUUUUAUGAAAAAUUGAUGGCGGAAGUGAAUAACUCGGCUAUUCCUCAGAAGAAUAUUUAUAAUGCAGACGAAAAAGGUGUUCAGUUUGGCGAGGACGAGCGGUCCAAGGUCUUGGUGGAGCAAACUCAGCGUAACACACGUAUGAUCCAUGACAAACAUCGCGAGAUGGCAACUGUAAUCGAGUGCAUAUGCGCCGAUGGAACCGCUAUUUCACCUAUGGUCAUAUUCAAAGGGAAGCGGAUGUCAAAGCUUUGGUUCACCCAGAAUUUUGGUGGAAUGAGCCCAGUAAUAGCAACAUCAUCUGAAGGAUGGACAGAUCAAGAGCUGGGCGCGUUGUGGAUGGAGUGA